AUGUGUGAUGAUUCAUGCCUAAUUAGGACCCAUGUUCAUUUAUCAUCUUUGAUUAUCAUUAUCAUGAAAGAGGUUAAACAUACGACUUUAAUGUUAGCGUUAGCAACUAUUUAUAAUCAAAACCGCACAUCUUUAUUAAAUAUUUGA